AUAGCUGUUUGAUUAUCAUAGCACAGAAUUCAAUAGAAAUUGACCUCAGACUGUCUACAACACAGAUAGCAAAGUUUCUAGAGAGAAUUUUUCUUUUUCUUUGACAAAUUCAAAACUCAACUGCAUAUAGGUGUAAGAGAGGGCAAAACACAAGCAAUAACAGACGGACUCCACUUAAUAAGGAGGAACUGCAUUGAAAACGAAAACCACUCACCACUGCACUGGAGUCCAACCAGACAGACAGACACACAGAGGACUUCAAAAUCUACUGCUGUCUUUCAGUCCCUCAUCUUUCACACCGACUUCAACAAUGAGAGCUCAAGGUUCACCUUUUCGUCAUGGUUACAGUAAUAUUUAUGGAGUCUACAAUACUCAAUAACAAUGAUAAACUUCAUAGGAUGAGAUGACAAAAAAAACAUUUCUCUUCUAACCUCGACUGCAGCAAGUACUGUCAGGAGCAUGCCUGCUCCAUUCUAUUCUGUUCUAUUUUAUCUUACAACUGCAGUUUAAGUUGGGCAAUGUUAACAAACUGGACAGUCAAUAUGGUUAUUUUUUUCCUUUCUGGUAAAAAACUAGAAACUAAAAGGCUCCAAGAAUUAAUUAUAUUGUAGUGUCAAACUGAACAGGACUGUGGGGCUCUGUCUAUCAGUCUGUCUACAGAUUUAAUGACACAAACUGACUUUAAUUCAACUUUUAACUCUACAAGACACAAAGUUUUUACAACAGAAUAACUCUCUGUGCAACCCUAACCAUGCCGGCCAUCGUGAACCUGCUGUUCAAUACGGUGUUCGUCAACACGACCCUCUCCUUCCACUACAUCCUGCCGGUGAUCAGCUCGCUGGCGUUCCUCAUCGGAGUCACGGGACACUCGCUCAUCUGGGCCGUGCUGCUCCGGAACCGCCGGCACCGCGGCAAACCCAGCAGCAUCCUCCUCCUCAACCUCAGCCUGGCCGACCUGUUAGUGCUCGUCACCCUGCCCUGUGCCCUGAUCACCGCCAGCAUGCAGGGAUGGAGCCUGGGGGGCGUGACCUGCAUGAGUCUGGCCUUCAUGACCUCCGUGACGGCCGGGGUGGACGUGUUCAGCCUGGCCGCGAUGUCCGCCGUCCGCUACCUCAUCGUGGUUGCUCCCAAGUGGCAGAUAAAAACUUGCCACUUGUUGGCGGCUGUUUGCGGGAUCUGGUGCGUCUCCAUAGCGAUGGCGCUGCCCAAAGUCACCUACGUGCGCUGUGACGGCAAUUGCACCUGGAACGUGGGCCGGGAGAAGCUCUUGGGGUUCUUAGUCCCGGCGUUUUUGGCUUAUUAUGUUCUACCUCUAGUGGCCAUCGCGCUGAACUGCGGUCGGAUCGUGGGGCAUCUGCGGCGCGGUGCCGCGGCAGGGCUGUGCACGGUCGGCCGGCACAAUAAGAAAGCCACGGCGCUGCUGGUGGGCUCCACACUAGUGUUCGCGGUGAGCUGGCUGCCCUACUACAUCAUCGAGUUCAUGAACCUGAGCCCCGCCCGCUCCGUGACGCUGCUUUGGGAGGUGACCUCGCUGUGGGCCAUCAUUCUGAUUUGCCUGGCUCCUUGCUGGAAUCCCUUCCUCUACUUCCUUCUGUCACGGACGGCCUGGAAUCAGCUCAAAUGCAUCUUCAGACGACCCCACAGGUUCUACUUGAGGAGGAGCAACAGGGUCGGGCCGCCACCUUGCGUGGUGGUCCAGAACUGACUCUUUCAUUUUGAGCAUUACGUUAUCACCGCCCCACCUUUAAAAUGAAUUCUCUUACCUCUUAUUAGCUUUAUUAACAUGAUCACUGGCCCCUCCCUUUAAAGGAGUGCAGACCAUUUUUACAAUACAUUUCAACACAUAUCUGUGUAAAACGCUUAUGCAAACGUCAUGAAGCUUGGUAUUACCAUUAUUUAGCUCAAGUUAUUGAGAAUAUCAGAUUAUGUUGCUAUAUGAAGGUGGCUGUCUGUCCAUCUAUCUAUCUGUCUGUGUGUCACACUAUAUUUUUCCAUAUAUCUGGUCAUUGAACAUGUCAUUGCUAAUUCUUAUUCUACACUAUUCUGUACAUGCUGUUGAUCUGCGUCAUGGUGAUCGACGUUUUCCUCACGCUGAGAGCUCUGAUACUGAAUGCAAAGCGAGGGGGCGGAUGUUAUUGACAGACUUGUUAUAGAAACAUUAUCAUUUAAAGGAGUGCUAUCCAAGGCUCUUUAAAAUCCCAGAUAUAUAUAUAGAUAUAGAUAUAUAGAUAUAGAUAUAGAUAUAGAUAUAUAGAUCGAUCUAUCUAUCUAUAUAUAUAUCUAUAGAUAGAUAGAUAGAUAUGUGCGUGUGAAUGAGUGGUUGGAAAUUCUGACCUGUGAUUGGUUAAAACCUCAUCAUAGGAGGAAAAAUAGAUUGAACUAUUGCCUUGACAUCCUUAUACCACCGGGCAAUAGUCUCAGUCGGUCAUGUGAUUGGUUCAUGACAUUGGCUGGGUUUACAUGCACUGAAAAUCGACUCUACAGUCAUGACUGUGUGACGUUGUCACGCAAAUACAUCGUGAAACAGCAAAAGGAUGUCAUUUUGGCAGUGCGACUUUAAGGGCAGGGUCAAUCGCUUUCUCAGGUAAAAACCCAUGUAAAUCGGAGCAGGAAUCGUGCUUGUGGCUCACAAGUUUUCAGCAGAAGAUCCAGUUUUUCUGAUUUAAUAUCAAGUAAUCUCCAGCAGAAAGGCUGUACAAAACAUAGACACCACCCAACACACACCCACCCACUGUACAUUUAUGGACUACUUCAACACUAGAACAGCCGACGGCAGUCAUUAUCACGGUACAUUUUAAACAUCAUCAGUAUUAAAAUGAAAAAAUGAAAGACAAACUAUCGGAUACAACUCAAAAGUUGUAUUCAAGCACGUCAUAUCAAACAUCUGCACAGCCGAAACGCCAUACUUAAAUGAACUAUUAAAGAUAAAAGGGUUUAUUUUCUAACUUACCACAUACUGUAUAAAGCACUACUUCAAAAAAUGAAAAAUUAUAAUAAAAUAAACAUUUCAGAAGAAACUAGUGUGUAAACAGGUAUAUGCACAUACACAACUGUAAAAACAAAAGUAGCUUUAAUCUAAAACAAAAGUAACAUGAUGUCUCUCGUGCAUGUGUGUCACUCGGUGCAGCACUGAAUCCAGAUUGAGCUGCUGCAGCUUUGCAGUGUUCUGAUCGAAAUUUUUCUUCUGAAGCUAGCUUUAAGAUGAAAUCUCUCCUACCUUGUACAAAACAAAGGAAUUGAAGCUGCCAGGUCCAGAAGAGAUAACAACAGGUUUAUGUGUAUAUAGGCUGUGUGGUCCAGUGGUUAAAGAAAAGGGCUUAUAACCAGGAGGUCCCCGGUUCAAAUCCCACCUCAGCCACUGACUCAUUGUGUAACCCUGAGCAAGUCACUUAACCUCCUUGUGCUCCGUCUUUCGGGUGAGACGUAAUUGUAAGUGACUCUGCAGCUGAUGCAUAGUUCACACACACUAGUCUCUGUAAGUCGCCUUGGAUAAAGGCGUCUGCUAAAUAAACAAAUAAUAUAUAUAUAUAUAUAUAUAUAUAUAUAUAGAUAGAAUAUUGUAGGUUAUAUUCAAAAUAAAACAUGUAUUGUAAAAGGCGGUUCAAAUGUUAAUGAAAUGUAACUUUUAAAUGUUCCACACACACACAAAUAUUAAUUCUAAGUAGUAAAACUUGUAGAAAUUAUAUUUGAUAUAAUUGUGUGUGCGUGUGUGUGUGUGUUGGAAAGGUAACCAGACAAAGCUAGUAGGUAAUGCACGGUGUAAUUCAGAAUGUGCACAACAACACGUGAAUUCAUUUCUCUUGUUAAAUGUUUUUAUCUUCAUGGCAACGCAUGACGCUCUCCUCACGAUGUUCGGAGUCAUUAUUUUCCUACUUAGUAAGCAGAUACAGACAUUUAAAUAUCCUCUCCCCUAAAUGACUAUGAAAUGAGUAAUCUUCAUUGGUACAGCCGAUUUUUUUUUUCCUAAAUCAGAACUGCAUAGCAACGCAUUUCCUGAAAAGUAGAGCAAACAGGUCGUGAGGAAAACUGUCAUGACUUGUGCAUGCAAACGCCGCCAUUGUUAAUACCUUUUAGAAUUUUCAAUGCUUGAAUCAGAUCACCGCGUAGUCUUCUUUGUUCAAGACUGAAUAGAUUCAAUUCUUUUAGCCUGGCUGCAUAUGACAUGCCUUUUAAAUUCUGGUUGCUCUUCUUUGCUCUCUUUUUAUUCAUUUUUAUUGCCUGUGAGCAGUACUUUACACUUUUCUAUAUUAAAUGUAAUUUGCUUUCUACAUGUUAACCACCAUUUUCUUCAAUCCCUACUGCGUUCAGUUUGAGAAUUAAUCUUUUAUGCGGGACUUUGUCAAAAGCUUUCUGGAAAUCUAAAUAAACCUAAUGUCUAAUAACAACCAUUGUUAUUAACCUUCCUCAUAAUUUUUCUGCUUGUUCUUGGUGAAAGAACCUUCUUUCUUCCAGACCAAGGGAGUGCUGUGACAGUCUGUGGCAAAGUGGUUUGCAGUGCGCAGGUGUAGAAGUGAUGUGUUGUUCAAGAGAAUGACAAACAACAAAGUUAAUGGUGAAAUGAUGGUUUUAAUUGUAAUCCAAAAUCACUUGACAACAGUAAAUAAUAAUGAGAAUUGGCAAUACACAACAAUGUGUAUUGCUCAGUUCAAUCCACAAGGUUCAGUCCUGAAACAAUAAACACAGUUUUAAACACACACAAGAUACACACAAUCACAAGUCCAGAGUAAGUGCUAAAGUGUGAGUGGUGAAAUACAAUUUAUUCAUGAACAGUGGUGCAGUGUUGUCCGGGUUUGGUGCUGGCCUUAAGCGACAGCUCCAGAUCAUAUUAGCCGUCUAACAAGAACAAACAAGUAUAAUUAGACAUGACAAACAAACAAAACACUCACGGUUAGGAACAGAUCACCUAGCCACGUCCCCUUUUGUACCUUCAGUCACGCCCCCUUGGUUAGCGAGUGCAACCGUUUCUCCUCCAAUUCACAGUUGCCACAUCGCUUCCCUUCUGGGGCAAUGACUUGGUGUACCGUAGCUCCGCCCCCUUUCUAGAUGGCCAACUUCCACCUAACCCUUGGAAUGAAUUGUCCAACCAUCCAGUCCGGGGUACUUUGUUCCCUUUACGUCGCACGCUCACAGGUCUAGAGGGAGAUUUAUAACCAUGACUCAUUGUUUUUCUGUCACACAGUACCAUGAGCCUUCUACUUAUUGAUAACAGAAACAAUAGUUGAAAUUAGGAUACUCAGAUGCUUGGAAAUCUCUUGUAUCCUUCUCCAGCUUUAUGACAAUAAAUAAUGUUCUGCCUAAGGUCUUCAGAUAGCUCUUUAC